GGAUUCUUGAGCUGUAGAAACCAGUUCGCGCAGUUCGAUUUCCUCUGUGAAAAGGCAGGUGCAAUUGUGGAUGGCAGGGACAUAUCUUUGCACGUGGAAACGCGGCUCGACAUCCGGAGACGGCGGACUAUCGACCACUCCACGCAGCCCUUGUGGCAGUUGCUCUGUGUUGCUUUUUUCUUUUUUCUGUGCUCGGACGGUGUUCGUUUCGCUUUCCUCUUCGUGUCUUGCUUUCCUGAACGCAGGCAAUUCCCUUCGGUGUUCGGGUGUUCUGGCGUGGGGUCUGACUCACAGAAUCUGUCCAGAAAGUGCGUGUUCGAGAGACCCUGCUCCGCCGACUUGGCGUUGUCCUCGUCUCUGCCAGACGCGAGCUUUCAGUUUGUCUCUGUCUCACUGAUGCCGUCUUUCUUUCUCCAGCUGUCUUGUUUCCCUCUCCACGCAGCCUGUCGCCUGUCGUCCCCUUGUCCCCUUGUGGCUUCCAUCAACUCCGUGCGUGCGUCUCGCCGGUGGCUUCUACCUUUUUUUGGAAAGUCGCUUCCCUCGACCCGGUUCAGCGCCUCCAUGAGCACACGGUGUCAGUGCGGGAGAGCUGCCAGUGAGCUUUGCCUGCUUCGGGGCUUCGGCUUCUCCCCAGUCUCCGUCCGGUCUCCGUCUCGCCGCUGUACGUUUAUCCGCUAGUUUCUGCCCUUUGCUUUUUCCUGUAAGCGCACCCUCACCGUGCUUUUCCGCGCUUCGUCCUGGCAGCUCUGCCUCCUGACCGAUUGAAAAUGUGGUUUUAGGCGCAUGCGCGCCCCUCGCGAACUUGCCGUCGUCAUGCUGCUGAGACCCUAGCCAAGAGUCCGCCUCGUUUCUCUCUCGUUUCUCUCUCGUUUCUCCUAUCUUGGUGAUCUCGUCUUCCUCUCGUCUUUCGUCUCCUGCUUUUCCUGUGACCUCUUUUCCAGAUCGUUUGCUGAAGGUAGAGUCCGCGUUUCUCCGGAGCGACGUGUCUGUAUCCCAAAGAUGUCGCGCAGAGAAGAAGUCUACUACUCCGCGGACCAGGGAGGCGACGGCGGCCGGGCGUACAGCGGAACGAGUACGCCGGUCUCGGACCGCCAAGCACAUACAAGUAGAGCAACAAACAGAGAAGGCGCGACAGUGAGCUCAGUCUCCCCGAAUCUUCUCUUCCAGCAUGUCGUCCAGUUCUUCUCCCACAACGAAGUCGUCGACGUCACACCCUGCCUUUCAAAGUUGCUCGUCAUUGAUCAUCGCCUCUUUGUCUCCACUGCACUCCAGGCACUGAAGGAGUUCUUUUACAAACCAUUCUCGUGCUCUCCGUUUCCUCCGGUUUCUCGUCGCGCGCGCCCGUCCUCGCCUGCGCCUGCGGCGGACGACUCUCUCCCCGCAUGCGCUGAGGCUUCGCCGCUCUCGCCACCUUCGUCGAGUGACGCCUCGAGCUCGGGAUGCUACUCUGCGCGAUCCUCCUUCCACUCAAAGAGAGAAUCUGCGUCGCGCCCUUCCUCUGCUGCUGCACCUCCGCCGGCGACGCUCGGCGCCGCCGCCUUUGCGGGUGCAGCCUCGCUUGCCUCCUUCUCCCCAACGGAGACAGGACCCUCAAAGGCGCCGUCACCGAGCCUCGGUUCCCGAGCCGGCGCAUGCAGCGGCGGCACCUCGCGGGGCGACGAGAGAGAGGUACCUUUCCUCGCGGCGGGCACUGAGGAGCAAAUGCGGAGUGAACGGGAGGAGCGCGGGGCGCGAGCGGCCCAUGUGACGCAUGCGCCGCUCGAGAGACAACAGAGUCUGCCCGUCCCCUGUCUCCGCAUGCGCAGCGAGUUAACGCGGGGCGUUGGAGCUCAGGGAGUGUGGCUGUACGACGAAGCUGCGAAAGUCAUCACAGGAUUCAUGGACGACAGGGAACUCUGCGCCUUCUUUAUUUGCUGGGCGUACUGGCUGAGAGCCAAGCAAGGCCCCCCCACGGGAGUCGGCGCGGGGCUGACAGGCGGAAAGGCAGGCCGAAACGCAAAGGGCGGAGGCGACUCUUCCGCGGCUUCUUCCAGAGGAACAGACGGAAAGCAGGAUGCCCCUACGCUCGAGCAGAGAGACGAAGCGGGGAGAGGUGAGACGGAGAAGCGAGAGGUGUGUGUAGAAGAGCUUUCAGACGCGUCUUCUCUGCCGGCGCGUGCAGAUCUGGGGCCGAGCGUGGAGCAGCGAGAGAAGGCAGGAGCCGCGGAGGAGGGAGGGAAAACGGACGGUCUGUCUUCUAUCUUUUCUUCGGCCUCUUCUCCUUCGACUGCCGGUCCCGCUGCGUCUGCUCCUGCUUCUUCGCCUCUGCCUCCUGCGUUCUCCGACGACGACGCUCAGGCAGAGGACACCAUUCUCGCCAUUCUCUGUGGCGCGCCGCCUCCUUGGACGUGGACGUUUCAGCAGUGGAGAGCUUUCUACAAGACGCCCUCGCCCGUGCUGUACAUCGAACCGAAUAGACCUCCACUGGAGGCGUUGUUGCUUCAGCUACAAAACAGAUCUGCGACUGUGGCCCUCUGGAACGACGAACGCCAGGUCCCGAUGAUCGUCAUCACCCUGAGAGCUCUUCUCGCCCACGCGGUGCAGCAUCUCAGGGGCGACCUCCCUGAGUUCAACCUUUCGGUGCACCACCUGCGAGUGGGGACGUACGAGAACCUCGUGACUGUCGACUCCGAGGAAUCGAUAUUGUCGGUCAUCGAGACGCUCGACGACUGUGACAUCUCUGCAGUUCCUGUCGUCAAUGCGCGAGGUGCGUAUGUCGGGUGUUUCACUCGACAGAAUUUUCUUCUUUUGGCGCUGCAGGCGAUUCACAACAACACAUCGGUGGACCUGGAGCUGCCAGUAGGAGACGCCAUCGCGCAGCUGCGAUUCCAGGAGGAGCAAUUUGAGCAGCAGCGACAGGCGCGUGCGGCCGCAGCCUUCGUCGUUUCCAGUCCCGAUCAGACCCGACUCGCAUCGUCUUUUUACUUCAAUUUUCGCUCUUCUUUCUGCAACAACAGUGUUGGCAGCCGGCCGCAAGACUCCGGCAUUCUCUCUCGCCCUGGAUACGCCCGGCCGACUGUUUCUCCCGACCCCUACUCCUCCUACGCACCGGCGUGGAGCGGCGCCGCUGGUGAAGACGCACACGUAGCGGGUGUUCAAUGCUCCAAGAAACCUGCCGUGCUCGACUCCGUCGUUCGGAUAGCCAAGUCCAGAGGAUCUGGGCAAGAGAGCCGAAUGCCGAGCGGAGAGAGAAAGAUGGACUCGCAGCCAGGCACGACUUCUUCGGUGUCUCUAAAAGAUGCGCUUCUUCGCGUGUUGUUCUCUCCCUACCGCCGUGUCAUUUUCCUGGACCACGAAGAUCGCGUCUGCGGAAUUGUGACGGCUUCAGACCUUGCAGAGUUUCUUGUGGGGUCCGGGCGUUCUUUAUACUCCCGCGCAUGUGCCGAAGAAUGCUUCGAUUCUGUCUGUUCUAGUUUCGACGAGCGCCACGAGUUUUCAGGGCGUUCUGUGCCACCGGGGUUCCCCCUGUCCCGGGAAGGCGCAUCUGCGUCAGCGCCGCCGUCUUCUUCGACUUCCGUUCUGUCUCCAAUGCUUACAGAAAAGGAAGGAAAAGAACAAGGUCCGUGUCGGUGGACUGCCGAACCCACGCAGUCCACGGGGACGCCCGCGACAGGCGAAGCAGGAACCCCCGCAGACACUGAAAAAGUCCUUACUCUGGAUAGAACGCAUGAUUCGUCGUUCCCUUCUUCCUUGCCCGGGGGGCCUGCUUCCGCCCAGAGGAUUUCCUCCGAUUAAGAAUCACCUCCAACUAAGAAGAGAAGGGUUGGGGGCGAAGGCCAAGAAGGCGAAAGACGGGGGGGUUUGGAACGGCCAGACGUCGCCUAGGGCGUCAGGGAAGUCGACGGAAGUGUAGAACUUCUAGUUUAGAAUUACAAUUCGUGCUGUUUCCUUCCGUCCGUGUGUUUCCCUUUCCGCUUGUUCCAAUCCGCUGCUAGUUUGCGAACAGUCGAGCGGACAGAGAAAAUGGAGCUGACAGAAAUGCAGCGCAGAGUGUAGACCGCAAAGGAAGGGGGAAGACUGACUCACUCUGGAAAGAGAAACCGGUAGAAAAAUGAGAGAAAGACGCAAGAAUUGCCUCACUGUAGAUAGCGAAACAGAGAAGAGUGGGGAAGACGUGCCAAGCACAAAAGCAGGGACACAGAGCCAUCCACACUGUCUGCAGACAGGUCGGCGUCUGUGCGGUUUUCUGUUGUCCGUUUUUUACUUCCGAGUUUGUAGAAUUUAUUUUUUAAGUGCCAAAUAGUCGCAUUAUCGGCUGCCAACCGGCUUUCACUGACGGCAAAACGGCAUUCGCAUUGUCGCUCGCUCAGCUCGCGAUGCAGCGGGGUGCCUCAUAUAGCGAGAGAAUCAACUCAGAUGCCCUUGUGACCAGUCCGUCGUUCUAGAAGUGGUACUCUUUGAGACAGGGUGUUUCCUCGCUUGUGCGUCUCCAUUCUUCUGUUUUUCGUGUGGGUGCGUUGUCGCGAAUAAGAGAUUUAGAACGAACGGGGUGCCCUCUCUGGGUGGAGAGAGAAAACUGGACAGUCAAGGGGGAAUGAACGUGAAGGAUGUUGGGCGCAAGAACACGGUGCCUAAUUCGUAAAUCCAACGGGUCACCGUUCUUCGCAAACUGUCCGAGAUCUCCCUUCUAGAAUUCCAUCCUCGA